AGCCUUUAGCCUCCCGCCGGCCCGCCUCCGACUCCCUCUCUCCACCAACUGCCCAGGAGUGAGCAGCUGCUUUCUGUCCGCCCGACGACAGACAGAAGCACAGACGGCCGCCAUCCCAGCCUGCCAACUAGCCAGCCUGCGCCUGGCCUUUUCCCCUCCGCAGGCACAGCCACCAUGCGGCCACUGUGGCUCCUCGCGUCUCUGCUGGCCCUGAGCCAAGCCCUGCCCUUUGAGCAGAAGGGUUUCUGGGACUUCACCCUGGACGAUGGGCUGCUCAUGAUGAAUGACGAGGAGGCUUCGGGCGCUGACACGACCUCAGGCAUCCCAGACCUGGACUCCCUCACGCCCACCUUCAGCUCCAUGUGUCCUUUCGGCUGUCACUGCCACCUGCGGGUUGUUCAGUGCUCUGACCUGGGUCUGAAGUCUGUGCCCAAAGAGAUCUCGCCUGACACCACGCUGCUGGACCUGCAGAACAACGACAUCACUGAACUCCGCAAGGAUGACUUCAAAGGCCUCCAGCACCUCUACGCCCUCGUCCUGGUGAACAACAAGAUCUCCAAGAUCCACGAGAAGGCCUUCAGCCCCCUGCGGAAACUGCAGAAGCUCUACAUCUCCAAGAACAACCUGGUAGAGAUCCCUCCCAGCCUGCCCGGCUCCCUGGUGGAGCUGCGCAUCCACGACAACCGCAUCCGCAAGGUGCCCAAGGGCGUAUUCAGUGGGCUCCGCAGCAUGAACUGCAUUGAGAUGGGCGGGAACCCCCUGGAGAACAGUGGCUUUGAACCUGGAGCCUUUGACGGCCUGAAGCUCAACUACCUGCGCAUCUCAGAGGCCAAGCUUACCGGCAUCCCCAAAGACCUCCCCGAGACCCUGAAUGAGCUCCAUCUGGACCACAACAAGAUCCAGGCUAUCGAGCUGGAGGACCUGCUCCGCUACUCCAAGCUGUACAGGCUGGGCCUGGGCCACAACCAGAUCCGGAUGAUUGAGAAUGGUAGCCUGAGUUUCCUACCCACCCUGCGGGAGCUGCACUUGGACAACAACAAGCUAUCCAGGGUGCCCGCUGGGCUCCCAGACCUCAAGCUCCUGCAGGUGGUCUACCUGCAUUCCAACAACAUCACCAAAGUGGGCGUCAAUGACUUCUGCCCCGUGGGCUUUGGGGUGAAGCGGGCCUACUACAACGGCAUCAGCCUCUUCAACAACCCUGUGCCGUACUGGGAGGUGCAGCCAGCCACCUUCCGCUGCGUCACCGACCGCCUGGCCAUCCAGUUUGGCAACUACAAAAAGUAGAGGCAGCUGCAGCCACCAUGGUGGCCUCGGUGGGGGUUUCUGGGGAGUACAGCCAGAUGUCCUGAAGGGGGGAAAGCAAGAAAGCAAAGCCCGUGCCCAGCUGCAUCCAACCUAGCCCCCCACCUUUGGUCCCUGACCCCAACUUGCCACCCACCACGGUCUCUCCCUAGCUCCCAAGUGCCCAAGUAGGCACAAGACCCAGCCCCUGCCACAUACCCCUCGGCUUUAGAGCUGCCCCUGCCACCCCCCAUGGCCACUCAGAGGCACCCUAUGAAGCUUUCUUCUUAUCCGCUAAAAAGUCCAGUUGUCCGAGCUCCAGUCCUAGGAAAGUGACCCUGCCGUCUGCGGGGCGGGAGGGCUCGCAGGAACGAAGACAGUGGAUUCUGCCAAGGCCGGGCUUUCCUCUUCCUCACUCACUUCUGGCUUUCCAGCCCCCCUCAGUCCUGCUCCCCCCGAACACCCAUGCCCCCACUCAGCCACCUUGUUCUACUGGCCCUUGGGGACCAGUUCUCUCUCUCUCUCUUUCUCUGUCUCUCUCUGCCCCCACCCGCCCCA